CAGUCAGUAGUACGAUGAGUUUGGCAUCAACGAGUGGCCUGAUAGCUUGUUGCUUCUUGCUGUGAAAACAAAAGUAGUUCGCGAUGUUAUCACCGUUCACGGUUGUAUUGGUAACGGCAGUAGUAGUUUCGAGUGGCCGAAAUGCAGCGACGCAAUCGCUGCCCGGUAGCUGCAUCGUGGAAUUUGCGCAUCACUCUCACGGCCGAGGUUUUUUGAAGCAUACGUUCAACGGCAAUCAGUACUGCCAGUUUCUGGGAGUUCGCUAUGCGGAACCACCGAAAGGAACGUUGCGAUUCGAGAAUCCGGUUCUUCUGGCACCUCGUGGCAAUCAGAAUUUCACCCGGUUGGGAGAUGUUUGUCCGCAAGUGGAUGACCUAAAUGUAGUGACGCAGAUUUUAGGUGAUGAGGACUGCCUAUUUUUGGAUGUUUAUCGCCCGUUCGGGAGGGUUGCCAGUGGCGUACGGAAACUACCGGUCUUGGUGUUCAUCCAUGGUGGAAGCUUCUCGGUUGGGUCAUCUUCAAGUGACUUCCACGGAGUUGAUCUGCUGAUCGAUAGUGGAAUCAUCAUUGUGAGCGUUCAAUACCGAUUGGAUCAGCUGGGAUUCCUUCGAUCGGAUCAGUUUAACAUCAGUGGUAACUUUGGGCUUAAAGAUCAACGAACUGCCCUGCAAUGGGUUCAGCGGUACAUUCACCAUUUUGGAGGAGAUCCCGGAAGAGUAACGCUCAUGGGUCACAGUGCUGGAGCUGCUUCCGUAACGUACCAUCUGUACUCGGAGAACUCCAAAGGACUGUUUCAUCAAGCAUUUGCCCUGGGUGGAUCGAUGCUGGCACCCUGGGCUUUCCUGUACGAUGCAGACCUCUACUCGCGUCAGUACUUUCGAGAGCUGAACAUAACUUCAGUAGAACAGCUUAAAUCUAUUGACUUCAAAACCCUAUGGAACAGAGAUAUCGUGUACAAGUUCGCAACAGUAAACUACGGAUUUUGCGUUCCCAGUGCGGAGUUGGAUGCUCCGGAUGCAGUUGUGACUCGAUCUCCACAGGAGUUGAUCCGUUCGAAACCAGUCAACGAUGUACCACUGUUGUUCGGGCAAUCCUCGGAGGAGUUUGAACUAUUCCUCAGCUACGUGGAUGACUAUUGGAUGGGAGAAAAUUUCCCGAAUUUCCAGAAUGAAACCCUGAAGAGCUACAUCGAUGCAGUGGUGGACAGAGCUGCAGAGCUUGCGGAACGGAAUGGUGUCGAACUGGACAAGAAUAUUUUCUACCUGGAGUUGGCUAACACGGCCAAUUGGUUCUUCCCAAACAAGCACCUACUGGAGGAGUACUCCAAGUGGGUUUCAAGUGCUACGUACUUUUUCCGAUUCCAGUUCGAUGGUAAAUUUGGGUGGUACAAGAAAGAUUUCCAGAACAACAAAGAGGCAAUCAAACACUACGGAGCAAUUCAUGGCGAUGAGCUGGGGUACAUAUUCACGCCCUACAAUGUACGGGAGGCACUGGCGAAUCGAAGUGCCUUCAGGGAAGAGUGGCACAUUCAUGAGCAGACGGUGCAGCUCGUCGCUAAUUUUAUCAAGCUUGGAUCACCGAAUCACUCGGGAUCGAGAGUGAUGUGGCCUCCGUACAAUGGGAAUUUGCCCAGCCCCAAGUACCUGAACAUCGACAAAUCGUUCGAAAUACGAUCGGAUCAGUGGAGUUUGUAUCACUCCUUCUGGGGUGCAAUCUACCAGUGUCUGUAUCACUACAACUGUAAUGACAUCAAGGAUCUAUUGCGGAUGGUAGGGAAAGACAAACGGUUAACCAAUUAGUGCAAUUUAAUAAAUCUACAAUCUUAAAAUGAUA